UCUAAACGCUGCCUUUCUAAACGCUGCGUUUUGUGCGUACAGCUAGCCUUGGGCACCGAAACGUAUUCCGCACGUUUGUUCCUGAGGCGACAGCAGGUUCUUCAGUUAUACAGGAAGAUCCUGCGGGCUAUUCGCGAGGUCCCUGCGGAAGCAGAUCGCCGGUAUUUAAAGGACUGGGCCAGGGAGGAAUUCAGAAGAAAUAAAGGUGCUACAGAAGAGGACGCAAUCAGGAUGAUGAUUACUCAGGGCAACAUGCAACUUCAGGAACUUCAAAGAACGCUUAAGCUGGCAAAAUCCUGAUCUUAAUUUUGUUGACAGCUGGACUUUCAUCUGCUGCGAACAAGCAUAGUAUUUUUUCUGGAAUGUGGUUAUAAUAACAGCCUUUGCUGACAACCUGGUCAUGUUUGAAGGUGGAAUCUACCGCAGUGGGGGGGGGUUUGUUUGUUUUUUUCCCCUUCCCCUUCCUCUUCUCGGUUUGGUUACCCUCCCGUGUGGAAAUCACUCAGACACAAAGGACUUUAAAGACCUGAAUGGAUGAUGUAGCAUGUGCUGUAGGAAAAACAGAAAGCACCAAAAAUUACAACAGCAGUGUUAGGUCAAGGAAAUGGAAAAUAAAUAGAAGCCAGAUUAUUUUGUCUGUUUUCUAUUGUGGCAACUCAAGUGGUAAUAUUCAUAGUGGUAACAGCUCUUCCUGUACUGUGCCAAGGAUUUUUACCAAAAUUUGGGAUUAAAAAAGCAUUUGGGAUAAACAAACGGGCCCAAAACAAAUAAACAUGAUAAAACAUUAA